AUGGGAGGAGGUUCAAGACACACAAACACGCACACUACCAACCCUCCUUCUCCUUGUGUGUGUGUGGACUGUCAUCAUGUGUGCAUCAUUCCCAUUGCUCGCCAUGUACGAAAGACACACACACACCUACUGCUGGGAAUUGUGUUCUUGCCUCCUGAACAUAUUCACAUGGUGAUCACGGCUCUCUUUAUGUUUUGUUUUCAUUUUAUUGUUUUUCCCAUGUGUGUGUUCCAUUAUAAUUUCAUUGCACGUCAUGUGCAUCUGUGUGUUUCUCUUUUGCGUUUCCGAUACACCUUGUGUAUCUUGUGUGUUCAUUUUUAUGGAAUGAUGUCUUUUUUUCAUUAUAUACAAACUGCUGCAGGGACAUCAAGAGUAAAGAUAUGGGCACAACACGUUCAGUGCACAAUGAUUUUCCGUUGUUAA